CUCCUUGUCGGCACUAGCAGGAAAAGGCGCAGCUAGUAAACAGCAGAGAAAAGCCAGUCGGUGGGUUUUAAAGCAGUAAAACACCGAGCUACCGGAGCUCCAGAGUUAAUGUGAGGCUGCUUGGCUCUGUGGCUCUCCCUGUUACCGUCAGCGGGUGUCUCAGCGGCUGUCAGCGGCAGAGAAAGCGGAGCGUCGGGCCGGGCAGCCAGUUAGCAGCUAACCGAGCAGCUGUAGCGGACGGAGCGCAGAGAUGAUCGCGCUGAUCAACAAACUCCUGGACUGGUUCAAGGCUCUGUUCUGGAAGGAGGAGAUGGAGCUGACCCUGGUGGGGUUGCAGUACUCCGGGAAGACCACCUUUGUGAAUGUAAUAGCGUCGGGUCAGUUCAGCGAAGACAUGAUUCCUACGGUGGGCUUCAACAUGAGGAAGAUCACCAAGGGCAACGUCACCAUCAAGCUGUGGGACAUCGGCGGCCAGCCUCGCUUCAGGAGCAUGUGGGAGCGCUACUGCCGGGGCGUCAGCGCCAUUGUCUACAUGGUGGACGCAGCCGAUCCGGAGAAGAUCGAAGCCUCCAAGAACGAACUGCACAACCUGCUGGACAAACCGCAGCUGCAGGGGAUUCCUGUUCUGGUUCUGGGCAACAAGCGGGACCUGCCAGGCGCUCUGGAUGAGAAGGAGCUCAUAGAGAGGAUGAACCUGUCGGCCAUCCAGGACAGAGAGAUCUGCUGCUACUCCAUUUCCUGCAAGGAGAAAGACAACAUUGACAUCACUCUGCAGUGGCUGAUCCAACACUCCAGGACCAAGAGGAGUUCCUGAGGGACGACCCGACCCAAACGGGCCACGCCCACCAGCCCUGACCCCGCCCCUUCCCUUCCCCUCCCUCCUGUCUCCUCAUGACCUCCGCCUCACCCUCAGCUCCUGGUGACCCCUGCCCUCCAACAGUUCAUGUUGAGGCUGCUGGUUCUACUCCAGGAAAGUCUUUUAAAAAACACUUUAAUCCAGAACCAACUCUUCCCAGUAUUUCAGUUAAAUCAGAACCAAAUGAAACUGAUGUUUGUCUUUAAACGAGCUGCUGAAGCCAAACGGACCUCCUGUAAUCGCUUUGAUCCGCCUCCAUCCAGGAUGGAUCCGGGUCAAACCGAGGUCACGGUUAAAACUGCUGCGUAACCAUGGAAACGCUCACGGGUCAGAACACCAGCACCACAGCUUCCUGCUGCACGUUACAGAGAAAAGUUAAGGUUUUAGUUUAAGCUGGUUUACGACUUGAUGCUGCGAUCAGACCAAGCGUGUCCAUGUGGGCGCGGCGCGUCUCGCACAUCCAACAUGGCCGACGCCAGAGUUGGAAAAUCUGAAGCUUUGCAGCUGAACGCGGAGCAUCAACCAAUCAGAGAGACUCCUUUACGUGACGCAGUGUCACUCGGCGCCGAUCCGGGUCAGCAGGUCGUCAACCUGAGGUGAGACCAGAAUACGGCUGGAGUCGACCGUCGGCGCCCAGCUGGGCUGAUGACCUCACAGACUCACAUCGUCUCUGCGUGACACGGCAGUAAACGAAGCCAACACACGCUCAACGCUUCGUCGUGCGGAGAGACCGGAGACGCAGCGAUCGAUGAAACCGUCAGAGUUAGACGAUCGAUCAGACAGAUUCAGCAGAACCAGAACCGUCGGCCCGGUUUUAACCUCCCUGACUUCACGUUGGCAGCCAUGUUGGAUCAGAAUCUA